CACAAACCUGGCGCGUUUCACCGAGAAGCUACCUGAUGUGUUUACAGUAUUAAUUCAUUUUAAUUAAGCGAAUCUACACUCGUCCAUGGCUGGUUUACCACCCGGAGACCCGCAGCUGGUCUCAAUGAUCGUCAGUCACCUGAAGACACAGGGACUCUUCGACCAGUUCAGGAGGGACUGCCUGGCAGACGUUGAUACAAAGCCAGCGUACUUGAACCUGAAACAAAGAGUGGACAACUUUGUCUCCAACCACCUCUCUAACCACACAUGGAGCCCUCAUUUAAACAAGAACCAGCUGAGAAACAACAUCAGGCAACUUGUGCUGCAAUCUGGGAUGCUGGAGCAGGGAGUCGACAGGAUCGUGGCCCAGGUGGUGGAUCCCAAAAUCAACCAUAUCUUCAGGCCACAAGUGGAGAGGGUGGUCCGUGAAUUUCUGUCACCGGGCAGCUGCACCGAGGAGCCACCGGCCCCACUGCCUUUAACAGAGACCAGACCGGACAGCAGCAUUCCUGAGCAAGCUUCAUCUUCAGCUCCUGCAGCCAACGACGCCAUGUCCAUCCUGGACACCAUAACCUCUUUGAACCAGGAGGCGAGCGUCAGGGCCUGCUCAGAUAAAGGACGUAAAGGCCAAGAUGAGCCCAUGCAGCUGGUGGAGGACAGCGAGCAGGAUAUGAGUGUCGUCGAGGAAGGAGACGGCCACCAGGACGGAAGGACGCUGGAGGAGGCAGAGGAGCUGGCAUCAGAGGACCAGGCGUUAGAGGUGAAGACAGAGGACACUCAGGAGCAGAUGGAUCUGGGAAAAGAAGGGUUAACAGAGGAGGUGAAAAUGGAGGAAGAGGAGUCAGAAGCUCAGGAGCAGACGGAGGAGAGAGAGCAAGCUGCCAGCAAAACACCUGGAAAACCAUCAGAGGAGAAGCAGGAUGACGAUCUGCUGAAAUCUACGAGUCAGGCCAAGCAGAAGGCCAGAGAGAGGAUAAAAGAAGAAUACUUUUUGGAGGACUCUGACCUGGAGGGCCUUAGUGACAUCACUGUGAGCUCCGUCCACACCAGCGACCUGUCGUCAUUCGAGGGACAAAGUGAAGACGACGAGCUGCUGUCCGAUUCUUCCGAGGAGGGGGAGCUUCAAUCAGAUGAUCAAGAUGAGAAAGCAGAGAAGAAACAAACCGGCGGAGACGCAGAAGAAGAAGAGCGUAAACCUCGCCGUAAGGCCUACGUUCACAAACCCUUCCUCUACUCCCGUUACUAUAGUGACUCAGAUGAUGAAAUCACUGUAGAAGAACGUCGGAGAUCCGCGGCAAAGGACAAAGAGGAAAGGCUGCUCAAGAGACAACAGAACAGGGAGCGAAUGGAAGAGAAGCGGAAACAGAAAGCAGCACAGGCGGAAGAACAAGAUCGCAAGAAACAGAGGAGUGGAGACUCUGCUGGGCUGGAGGGCCCCAGAGCCAAAGAAGCUCGCAAAGAAAGGAAAGUUCUGGAGAAAAAAAUGGCUCUUAACAGGAAGAGGAAGCUAGACUCAAGGAAAGAUGAAGAUAUGUCAAGCAAAAAGAAAGGAGAUACAGAAGGAUCCAAGAAAGUGGAAGGGAAAUCUACAACCUCAAAGCCUCCACAACUGAAAUUAAUAAAAAAUCAGUCUGAAUCAGCAUCGUCUGAUGAGAGGCACAGAAGGAUGAGCGGCAGCAUCUCCGAAGACUCCAGUGAAACCAAAAAGCUGACCGACAAAGGCCGGACACACUCCUUCAUCCUGGAGUUGGAACAAGGUUCCCAGGAGGCUCUAAAACAACGCUCAGUUGGGAAAUUUGAUCGUCUGUCCCGUAAAGAACUUCACGUUAAAGAACGCAAAGACAAAGAGCGCAGCUUGUCAGAUGAACGUGCCAAACUCAAACAGAAGCAGGAGAAAAAAUCUGAACAUCAGGCAGAUGAAUCUCAGCAGAAAGAAGGUGCUGCUGUUAAAAUGUCCUCUGAAGAGAAAGGCGAAAAAAAGCCUAAGAUUAAAAGUGAGAAGAAAAUGACCGGAACAACAAGAGAGGGGAAGUCGUCAGAAGGUGUGGCAGAUGAAGGUCCUAAAGAUGCCUCUGUCAAGAAGACAAAAGCUCCAUCUGUGGAGCCGGUCAAAUCAGAGAAGGACAAAAUUAGAGAAAAGGAGAAAGAUAAGGAUAAGAGCAAAGAAAAGGAAAAGGCCAAAGGAGAUAAAACUGCAGCUAAAGGUGAUCUCAAGCAGCUGCUCCGCCCUGAUUCUGCCGGCUCCUCUGAGGAUCGAUCAGAUAUGGAGCCUGACGGCAGCAAGAAGAAAGAUAAACACUCCAGAGAAGUCCUGAAAAGGUCAAAGAGCCACACUGAGGACAGGCCAGCAGACAAACCCAAAUCUAAAACGGACAGUAAAGAUGGAGAGAAAGAAAAGACGAAAGCAGAUCAGGACAGCCAGAAAUCAAACAAGGCCAGCUCUGAAAUGGACAAAGAUCCAAAAAGGGUCAAACCAACAGAAAAAGGAAAAACUGUGGAAAAAUCAAAAUCAAAAUCCAAGGAGGAAACGAAGACUCAGUUAUUAUCAAAGACAGAUAGUAAAGUUCAGAGUUCAGAAGUCAAAAGUACAGGAAGUGCACCCAUCAGCAAACCUGAGACGACAAAGGAGAAGAAAAAAGAGGGAAAUGCAAAGGAGCAGCGGAAAGUCUCAGAGGAACCUCUCCAUGACAAAUCAGACAGUAAGACUGCAAAGAAAAAGACGGAGAAGAAGGAUAAAGUUCCAGAGAAGAAAGAUAACAGCCAAGAGGAGAAGAAAACAGCCAGAGAAGACAAACUGGAGAAGUCUUUGGUUUCCUCAGUCGACCCUGAGGAGCAGCCAAAGAAACACUCUCUUCUCCAAGACACCAGCACAGACUCCGAUCCCGUCACCACCACCGUCACCACCUCGUUCUCAGACGACACUUGUGACGCUCUGAGCGACAUCACCCCCGAGCCGCCCGAGGGCGAGACAGAGUCACGACUGAGCGAGAUGCCAGCUGUGCCGGCCGAGGCCGACGCCCUGCUGGCCCUCAUGGACGUUUGCACCUCAGCGGAGGCGAGACUCCCACCUGAGAGCAGUCGGGAGGACGUGACGCCCGAGAUGACUCUGCAGGACGCUGACAUGAAGAUGAAAGAAGCAGCUCUGACUCUGCUCUCCAUGGAUCCCGACAGCACUGUGUCCUCCACCUUAAUCUGCCGCAACACCAGAGAAGAAGAAGCAGAGGUGAGUCAGACGGUCCCACAGCUGAUGGAAACCGCUGCAGCUGAACAAGAAACGCCGGCUGUUGCUGUGCAAACAGCUGCUGAGGCUGCUGAGCCGUCACCGGAGAUUGUUGACGACAAACCAAACUCUGCAGAUGUGUCUAAAAAUUCAGAGGAAGAAAUGGAUGUGGAGGCUUCUGCUUCACAGGAGGGUGAAACUACCUCACAUGAACUUCCGGCUCUUUUAAACGAGAGCGAAGCCAAAGGUGCAGACACUGCUGCUGACGCGCAGCCGCAUGGAAACAUGGAACAUUCAGAAGCAGCAGCAGCAACCAGCAAAGAAGCUGCUGUUGUGUGUGCAGCAGAGGAGGUGGGAGGAGCCACAGAGGAAAAUACAACUGCGGCCGUUUCUGAACAAGUCUUCGAAAUUCCCAGUAAACAAGAGCAAACUGAGCCAGAUGUUGCAGACACAAAGACAAGCCCCAAGGAAGAGGAAGCUGAGAAUAAAACAGUGGAGGAAGAAAAUGCUGGAACAGAGAAAAGUGAUCCACAAACUAUGGAACCGGAGAAGACUGCAGAGAUCACAGAAAGUGGACCAGAGAGUCAGUCCAAACUGGUCAAACAAAUCAGUAAUGUCUCCAGCACAGACAGCCAGGAAGACGAGAAAGGAUCAGAUCUGUCAGAAAGGGAAGAGAAGACGGAGAGACGAGGAAGACGCAAACGAAAGCUGUCUACUCAGAAAGCUGAAGCACUGAAAGAAUCUGGUGACGAGAGGGAUGAAAAGGAAAAUAAAGAGCUACUGUCUGCUGAGGAAGCAGAUCAGGAGAAAGAUGUGGGAGUCAGAACACCACGCAGGGGUCGAUCAUCCAAACCCAGCGAGGAGGCAGAGAGGGACCAACCUGAAGAGCCAGAGAAAGCAGAGGAGACUCUGAGCCGCGGUGGACGACGGUCAGGAGCUGCUGCCAAAGACGCGUCUGCUGAUAAUCUGAAGGAGGCUGAGAAUAAAGACGAGGAGAGCACCGGAAAAGAAGAGGUACAUGAACAAAUGUGCAACAUGUACAUAAAUAGAACCGAAGAGGAAAGCGGACCAAAGAAAAUCACACGGCGAGGAAGUCAAGUCAAUCUGCCGUCUCCUGUUCAAGAAGACACUGAAGCUGCAGGAAGCUCUGACUCCAAAGAGAACAUUAACACAUGUAAACCAGCAGUAAAGAGGAAGAGGUCAGAGGUGUUGGAAGAAUCUGUGGAGGAAACUCAGGCUGAAGAGGAGGUAAAGAAGGAUGACAGUCACCAGGAACAAAGUGAGCCACAACCUGACAGCGUGAGCCAGACAGGAGGUGAGGAGGAGGUCAAAGAGGGGCUCUGCAGUGAGAAGAAACCAGAUGAUGUUGAGGAGGAGCAACAACAAGAGGACCAAGAGACGACUCCGAAGAGACCCGGUCGGAGGGGACGGCCGAAGGCAGCCGCCGCCACAGACGAUUCAGAUAAAAAGGACAAAAAGGCAGAUGAAAGUGAGCUGAAUGAUGAAGAGGAGGACGAUGACGGUGACAAAGAAGAGGAGGAAAAAGGAACCGCAACAAGAGCAACAACACGGUCAGCAUCUCGCCUGGAGGCUGAAAGAAACAAGCCGAGUAAACCGUCCACCCGGGCGAGUCGACAGAGCGGUAAAGAGGAGACCGCAGCUGGUACACGCGGGACGAGGGGCCAGGCGGCUGCAGCAGCAGUGGCGAAGGGGGGCCGUAAACGGGAGGCCAGCCCCCCUGCGGUGCGAACGCGGGGAGGACAGAAAUCAGAGGAGCCCCCUUCCAAGAGAGCCAAACGCUAAAAACCUCAGACAGCGGUGGACUGAUUCACCCCAGAAGCGUUUUCUCCGCACUCCGCAUUCAAGUCAGUUUUGUUGUUGGGGGCCAAAGUGCCCGUACAGUCAGUUAGCACGUAAAGCUGUUUCUGCUUCAUUGACUGUAGAUAUUGAAAAGCUCUGGAUAGUAUUAUACUCUCUGCUCUGAUGGUUGAGUAUAAACCUGAGGAUCUGUGCAGGAAUCCCCCCAGAAUACCUUCUACUGCACUACGCCCAUAUGGUUUGGAUCAGGCUUCAUCAUUCCUCCGUUUAUUCAGUAAUACCCCGUGAAUCAGAGUGUUUCAGGCCAAUCAAAGGCCUAACGAGCAGCCGGGUCGUGCUUUGACAUAAAGAGGGAGAAGUGAAAUUAGAGGCCAGCGUGUGUUUCAGUUCCUGCUGAGACUGUUUGUAAAUCCAAACUCUUGUACAUAGAAAUCACUGUGAUUUUUAUUACUCACUAUUCAUUCUGUGAAUGAUAGUUUUUCCUCCCACUUUUUUUUUUUUUUACCUUUUUGUUUUUACAUUUUUUGGGGGGGGUAAAUGAAGUUUUUUUUUUUUUUUCAUUUUUUAAAAUUUUAUUUUAUUUUUUUAAUAUUUUAUUCCGAAUAACAGCAGUAUUAGACUGGAAAAACAAGACAGUUUGUGGACAGUUUAUCUGGAAACUGAAGCUUAUUCAUGACAUAUUUGUAACAACAGCCACUGCAGACAAAGAACUGUUUUUUACUGUCUGAAUGGAGGUAAUCUAGUUACUUGUAUUGUUUUAGAGUUAACUGUAUAUCAGUAUAAUGUGUUGUUAGAUAUCUUGUCUACCUGUCAAUGUAAAGACUUUUUUUCAUAAAACUAAAAAUACUGAUGAUUGCUUC